CGAGUGUAUUGAGUUUAAUUAUUAAUUAGAUAUUUACGCGGUUAUCUCUGUUCUUUGAAGUAUCUUUUUUUUUUUUUUUUUAUACAACACAACAUGUAUCAUCUUGCUUCUUAUCCCAACGACCUUUUUCCUUACUUCAUCCCAUUUUUUAAAAUUAACCUUCGCUACCCAAUCACCCCCCAAGUAGAAGCUCAUCUGUCUUCGUGCUUCACCACGUUUUCGUUAGCCUCCUUCAUUUGCCAGAAUAAUUGUAAGUUAGAAUUGCAAGCACUUUUGUUAGCAUUCAAUCUCUCACUGUACCAGCUUUUACCCCUCUCCCCCUUUUCAUUUUUUUCUUUUCCUUUCUUUUUUCCUUUAUGGACUCUCAUAUCAAAUGAAGAAGAGAAAAGAAAAGCUUGCUCGUGAAAUGGUUGGCACUGAAUGUGGGUAAUGCCUGCUUUUCGUAAUUUUUAUUUAUAUUUUUAUUUCAUUUAAUAAUAUUAUUGGAGCG